AUGCCGCCGCCCACGUCGAGGGCGAGCCCGCAGCCGACGGACGAGGCGCAGCCCAACACACCCCCCAGCUACCUCUCCGCCCUCCGCCAGCUCGAGAGCCCCGUGUCGCCGCAGGUCAUCAAUCUCGCCGCCACACUGACCACCCAAGCCGAGAACGAGGUCGACGAGGACAACGUGAGCUUCCUGCGCCGCCCCGUCGACCCCCAGGAGGAGUGGCGCCAGCAGAACGCUCAAGCGGAGGAUGAGCUGUUCGAGGGAGUGCGCGCUGCCCGGGAACGACUGCGCGCCCGGACCGCCGAGAUGCAGCAUGAUGAGCAUGAUGAGCGUGAUCGCCAGUCGCAGUCGCAGUUGCAGCGUGUGUUGAGCCGCCUGAGUCGCAUGGAUGACUCCCUGUCCUACAGUGACCGCGUACCCUCCCGGAAUGCCCUGUACGAUUGGAGCCCGCCCGAUGAUGCCGCUGGAGACCACGAGGAACUACAGGAGAUACUGCGGUCAUUAGGCCAAGAAUCAUCGACUCCCUUUCCACGAGGCGUGUCCCCGCAUACCGCCGCGCGCUACUCCCGUCUGCUCGGCCAGCGAACUACCCAGCCUUCAGAAUCGUCACUACGCUCCACACAGUCAAGACGGCAUCCGCGCUUCUCCGCGCGCUCGCGGGAAACAAUGCAGCGCUACAUCACGGAACGGGACGCUGCCAUAAGAGGUUCCCAGGACAGAUCAGACCUCAGUAGAAUAGAAACUAGCCGUUACGGCUGGCAUCCGAGCAGCCGGUCGAACGAGACGCGGGAUCGGGCAGGGCUGGACUCGUACAGACGGAGCUAUCUGGAAAACCCUUCCAGCACCCCCGCGCCAACGUCUCCCUGGUUGGAGCAGACGAUUAAUUAUCUUUCCAAAAUCCGAACAUCGGAUUCCUAUGAGGACAGUCUCUACCAUGCGGCAGAUGCGGGAUUUGUCACGAAAGAAUUCUUCGGCGAAAACCACCAGGACUUUAUCCUCGAUGUCAACACGAUCCCUCGGCCCGCAGAAACGUCAUGGCUGGCACCCGGCGCAGUGUUUUCUGGUUCGCAGCACGCCACUACCGUCACCUCAACCGUCACCCCCUCAAAUAUCCCUACUCCUACGUCAACAACCCUAUACCGUUUCCGCAACAACGACUCCCCCAUGACAUCAACCACAUUUGAUGCAGCGCGACCCUGGAUGAAUAGUCCCAUUCCACCUCACGCUCGCAGAGCCGGCGAUGGUUCCACCCAGCAGACACAACAGCAAGACCGGUGGCCUGUAAAAGUAACCGUCCACGCUGUGGAUUGGGAGAACAUGACCCUCGCCGCCACAAUGGAAGCCUACAACGUCCCAUCACACCCUCCCUCGUUUCCCGGCAGUACGCUUGACCCGGCAGCAAAUGGGGCUCCGCGACCUGGAACUCGCACCUCAAGCAUAACAACAUACUUAGAAGGAGAAAUCCUCGAUCUAAGAACUCACACUCUUCUCACUGAAUCUUUCAAGAGUAGCCUAUCAACAGACGCCACGUACUGGCGGAAACUACCACCCUUUGGCCACCUUCGCGACCACGACCUCGUACACCGGCUCGUCUCACAGGAAUAUGUUUCACAGUUGGCACAAGAAUGGAUUCUGAUGCGGUGGAAAGAGCGCUGUUUUGUGAAAUCCACGUCCUCGGCACGAAGACGAGCAGCAGCCGCCCAUGCUGCAUCAUCCGCCAAUUCCCACCUCGCCACGGAUUCGACCAAUGCCAACUCUUCUCAGCCCUCACCCUCGUCGAGAGAUUCUCCGGCAGUAACGACUGAUCAGGACAACGACGCGGGAGAGGACGGAUGCGGGUUGACCAUCAGUGGGUUUUAUUACGUUUGUCUGAGGCGGAGCGACGGUGCGAUUGAAGGGCUCUACUACGAUCCGCAAAGCAGUCCGUACCAGCACCUCAAGCUCAGUCCUGUCGGCGGAGGAAAUUUUCCUGUUUGGACAUUCAGAGAAGAAAGCAUUUCGGAGGAGCGAUGGGGUAUGACUUAA